CCUCCCUCGGCGCGCCGCCGAUCUUUAAAGAAUCACUAAACCUCCUCUGGCUGGGCCCCCGCAGAACUGUGGCAAGUGCGGGGUCGGUCAAAUGGCUCGCUGUCGUAAUGCGUAAUGCAAAAUGUCCUCUCCACAGCCCUGCGCCGUCCUGGGGAAAAAAAGCCGUUCUCCCUGCCCAGCUGGAAAGGAUCGCGCGCGGCAUUCCAGUCCAGACAGAGCGAGGCGUGGCCAAGGACAAGCACUGUGCAGGCGCAAGAGAUGAUCCCCGCGGCACGAGUCAGGACAGAAAACGACGAGCGACGGAACGACUGACGGCGGACGAAACGACGGUUGGCGGCGCGCACAAAGGGGCUACGCUCCUCUGCGCGUGGCCGAGACGGUUGACAGAGGAGAGGCACGUGCAGACGAACGCAGUCGAACAUGGCAGUCAACGCCCGUGGCGCGACGAAGGCGCCUGGCGCUGGGCUGCGACUAAUUGCCCGUCGCCUCCUGUGCUGCAAAAUGCCCCGUCGCGACCCGCAAAAGGGCGCCGAGGCGGAGGGCACGCUAAUUUCGAGCAGGGCGGGGAUAGGAAGGAAGGAGGGAAUACGUCCGGAGGCACGGGAAGGGAAGACGAAGAACGGAGGGGCAAACAAAAAGCACGGCGAGCGCGGGAAGAGAUCUGCAUCGCGCACCGCUCCCACCGCCGGGCGCCGCUCUGGCCGGAGGCUGCCAGAAAAGGCCCUGGCCCGCCUCGGACCAGGCAACGGAUACGUGCCGAUGCAUUCGUCGGGGAGGGGGCCACUGUGGUUCCUGCUGUCGGUCCAGUUGCCACCGUGGCCACCUCGGGAGGGAAGGUGCAUCUGUGGUUGCCAUUCGACGGGAGGUGGCGUGCCGAGGCUUCCUCGGCCAGAAUGGCGGCACCAUCGCAGUGGAGAGCACGGCGGUCCUACCGCAGGUCGUGCGGGCGACCGCGCUGCCAGCGGGGGCCGAGGCGGGGAGAGGGCGCCACUGAGCGACGAAUGGAAAGGGAGGAGGAAGAGGGUGGCGGAGGAGGAAGAGGAGGAAAAUGAAGGCAGUGCUCGCGCAGGCCUCGCACCCAGGCCGUACCCAGCCCUCUCUGAGCCGAGGCGAGGGCGCACACGACCCGCUGGAGACCCGCGGCGGAGGCAACCAGAGAGGCUGGCGCCAGAAGCUGACCGUGCAAGAUCCCGCGCGCCGCCCUCCAGCCCCCAAUCCUCGCG